CGCUGUAGAGGGUGGUAUGGCGGCAGUGAUGGCGGCAGCGGCGGCUGUGAGGCGGGCCUGGUGGAGGCUGGUGCCCGUGGUGCCGUGGGAGCGGCCGCGCCGCCUGCAGCACGAGCGGCAGCCCGGCCGGUCCGACCAGCCCAUACAAAUGGAGAACCCCUAUAAAGAGCCUCCUAAAAAAUGUGUCUUAUGUGGAAUAAAUGUGGACUACAAGAAUGUGCAGCUUCUUUCCCAGUUUGUUUCUCCGCAUACUGGCUGCAUUUAUGGCAGGCAUAUAACAGGCUUGUGCAACAAGAAGCAGAAGGAAAUUACAAAAGCCAUUAAAAGAGCUCAUGUAUUUGGAUUUAUGCCAGUUAUGUUUAAGAACCCAUCAUUUCUCACAGACCCCAAGAUAUGUAAUGUCAAGUAUCCAGAGUAAUAUACUAUAAAGAAAUAAACAAUAAAACUACUUUUCAUGUUUA